AUGGAAACACAAAGGAUGAAGCUUAUCAACAUUAAGUCAGACUCGCUUCCACUUGAUCUCAUAAUAGAGAUACUCAAAAGAUUGACGGUUAAAACCCUAAUCCGGUUCCUCUCUGUAUCCAAGCUAUGGGCUUCCACCAUCCGCAGUCGAGAUUUCAUGAAGUUAUUCCUCAACGUGUCUUUGACUCGACAAAAAGGUCUCCUCUUCUUGUUGAGACAUGGAUACUGCGGAUUGGUUCCUUCCCCAAAAACGCAUGAAACAUCUUCUUUCACAGCUUUCCGUGUGAGUUGCUACUCUCCACAAUGGUCUACCGUUUCUCCUUCUGUCCACGGUUUGAUUUGCUAUGCACAAGCCACUAGACUUGUGAUAUAUAACCCUUGCACUAGACGAUCCAUUACCUUGCCCGAGAUCGAUACAUGGAGGAGACCUAUACGCUACUACUUGGGGUAUGAUCCCUUGGAGAAUGGUUAUAAAGUGUUGUGCGCCAUGUUAGGAGGUACGCAUGAUUCAGUUAAGGAGUUUCGGGUUUUGACAGUGGGAACCGAGAACUCUUGGAAGAUGAUUACUGAAAACAAUAUUACUCCUCACGCUCCUUUCGGACACGCGCUGUGUAUAAGUGGUGUUUUGUUUUAUCAAGCUUUUACUGGCACAAAGAUGAAUGAUUUAGUAAUCAUGUGUUUUGAUGUUAGGUCAGAAAAACUUUAUCAUAUCAAAGGACCUAGUGUUUUUCUGCGCAGGCUAUGUUCAAAGGUGAUAAGCUACGAGGGAAAGCUAGCUGUCGUCUUCUAUGAAAAUAACUUUAGAUUGUGUGUUCUUGAAGAUGCUGCUAAGGAGGAAUGGUCGACGAAGACUUUUGUUUUGUCUAAAAUAGUCCCGGCUAUUAAGUGGUAUAUAUCCAAGUCUUGGGUCACUGAGACUGACACGGGUGAGGCUAUAACUGUACCACAAUUUCUUCAUGCAUCAGUAUUUAACGACCUUGUAUAUUUUGAUAUGAAGACAAGUAGCAAGAAAACAGUUUAUAUACGAGUAAACACAGAGGGCAAUAAGGGUUAUUACGUAGAGUCGGUCUCCUCUAAUUUGGUAGAGAAUCUCAUGUUUUUGUAG